AUGGCAGUGGGUUUGCUCAAUUUAGAAAGUCAAGAUCGCCGCCAUGGUUCACAAGUCGGUCGUGGCCCGAACGUGGACAUAUAUGGGCAUUCUCAGGGGUUUUGGGGCUUCUCGGAAGAAAAACUUACAGUUGUUAUACGAAUGCUGGCGUAUGGUUCAUUUGCUGAUCAGGUGGAUGAGAUUGGCACAGGUUAUCCUCCGGAAGGUCAGUCACUUCGCUUCACCAUUGAUAUGGACAUUGAUGAGCAUAAGGAUGUGAUUUACUUCACAAAUUCAAGCACAAUAUUCCACAGAAGGAAAUUCAUGUCAUCAAUCUUGAAUGGAGACCGGACUGGCAGAUUACUCAAAUACAAUAAAUCAAACAAAGAAGUAACGGUUUUACUACGAGGUCUUGCCUUUGCCAACGGUGUUGCAUUGAGCAAAGACCACUCUUUUGUGCUAGUGGCUGAAACAACUACUUGCAGGAUCUUGAGGCUUUGGCUUCAUGGUCCAAAUGCUAGAAAUACUAAUACUUUUGCAGAGCUUCUAGGAUUCCCAGACAACAUAAGAAGGAACUCGAAAGGGGAGUUUUGGUUUGCACUGCAUGCAAAGAGGGAAUUUUUCGCUAAGUGGUUUGUCUCUAACAGAUUGGUUGGGAAGUCACUGCUAGAGCUUCCCCUUGAUUUUAAACAACUGCAUUCGCUACUAGUCGGAGAGAAGGCCCAUGCAACUGCUAUCAAGUUAAGCGAGAGAGGUGAAAUUUUGGAAGUUUUGGAAGAUUGUGAGGGAAAAAAUAUGAGAUUCAUUAGUGAAGUGGAGGAGAAGGAUGGCAAGCUGUGGAUUGGGUCAGUUUUAGUGCCAAUUCUAGGCAUUUAUGAACUGUAGGAAUUAGGAAACAAGUACUUAAGUAAUUGUAAUGGUACAUGAUCUUUGAUUUGUGAAUUUAUGCUUGAGUUUC